AUGUCGACCCCAACGUCCGCAUCCAAAAAGAAGAAGAAGAAGACGGGCCUCGGCCGCUACGGCAGCACGGCAGGCCAGUCCAGCGAGGGCGGCACCGCCGGGUUCACGGACGACAUGCGCGACCGGCAGGCGCGGGGCAAGGAUCCGUACCGCGUCGCGAGCGAUGAGUCCGAGGGCGAGGAGGUGAUGAGGAUGCCCGGCGAAAUGUCCGAUAGAGAGAGCUUCCGCGUCGUUGAACAGAGGCGCAUGGCCGCGCAGAUCCUAGCCGACCCCGAACUUUUAAUGAUGCACGCCCUCAGCAGGCGCGACAGCAUCCCCGGGACCAGACUUCACUUCACGCGUAUCCUGUGCGGGUUCGCCGCCCCCGACGAGGAGCAGGCUAGGUACCGCACCUCGAACGCGAAGCAAGCGUGA